AUGGAGACCAUUCAAACUCCAAAGCACCUCCUCAGCUCCUGGACUGAGUCAUCCGUAUUCGGGAAAAUGGAUAUUUGGACAUCACUAUGUCUCGGCAUCGUCCUUCUCGGUGUCUUUGCCGCAGUACCGAACAUGCGCAAACCAUCCCGCAAGCUCCCCUGUCUCAACCCGCGCCAGUCUCUCGACCUGUUCGAUCAAAACAGGAAGAAAACCUUUUUGUCAACCGCCCGUAAUCUACUGGAGAGAGGCAGGAAGCAGUACCCUGGCCAGCUGUACAGGCUCAUGACGGACGUGGGCGAGGCGGUCAUCAUCCCGUCCGAAUUUGUCCACGAUAUCCGCAAUGAGCCCGACCUUAGCUUUAUGAGGGCCUUUGCGGACAAUUUCCACCCUCAGCUGCCCGGAUUCGAAGCCUUUGCAGCAGGCGAUAGAGAUGAUGGACUCUUUCAAUUGGUCAUUAAGAAGCGCAUCACCCAGUUGUUGAAUCAAAUUACAGAGCCUCUAUCCUCCGAAGCCAAAUUUGCAGUCGACCUCUUAUUCGGAACCUCUAACCAAUGGCGCGAAUUCAACAUUAAAGACGAUGCUCUCGAUUUAAUCUCCCGCCUCUCGUCCCGCGUAUUCCUAGGCGCCGAAGUAUGCCGCGAUGAAGCCUGGCUCUCCAUCACCAAGUCCCAUACCGUGAACUCCUUCGCUGCUGCCGAGAUCGUGCGCAUCUACCCGUACUGGCUCCGCGGGCUAGCCCACUGGUUUAUGCCGCAGUGCAGGGCCCUCCGUCAGCAAGUUGAGGACACCCGGCGCAUUAUUGAGCCUAUCCUUCAGCAACGAAGGGAUAUGCGCCGACAAGCUGAAGCACAAAAUGAGCCGACGCCACGAUUUAAUGAUGGUCUUGACUGGUUUGAAGAGGAGAGCAAAGGGCACAAGUACGACGCCGCUGGAGCCCAGUUGGGGUUAUCAGUUGUGGCUAUUCAUACUACUACUGACCUCCUUGUUGAGACCAUGCUACGGAUUGCGCAGCACCCUGAGCUUUUUCAAGCUUUAAGGAAGGAGAUUGUCGAGGUCCUUAGUGUUGACGGUUGGAAGAAGACGGCAUUGUUUAACAUGAAAUUGGCCGACAGCGUUUUGAAGGAAACGCAGAGGCUCAAGCCCGUCACUUUAGCUCCGAUGAUCCGCGUGGCAACCCAGCCCGUGACCCUCCCCAACGGCCUCCAACUUCAAAAGGGCGAGCGCUGUGUCGCCGACAUUGGUAAGAUGAUCGACUCGGCCGUCUACGACAACCCCGACGAGUUCGACGGGUACCGCUUCGUCAAUAUGCGCGGCAGCCCCGGGCAGGACAGCCAGGCGCACCUCGUCAGCACCUCGCCCUCGCACCUAGGCUUCGGGCACGGCCAGCACGCGUGCCCCGGCCGCUUCUUUGCGGCCAACGAAUUGAAGAUUGCGCUGGCGCACCUGCUCAUGAAGUACGACUGGAAGCUCACGCCCGGAUAUGAGCACCGCUGGGAGGAGUAUGGCUUCUUCUGCUCGUCGGACAGGACGGCCAAGGUGCUGAUGAGGCGGAGGGAGGCGCCGGAGAUGGAUAUCGAUUCUCUGCAGGUUUCGUUCGAGGGAUGA